UAUCCCAUCUGGGGUGUUGCAGGCAGCCAGUAGUUUAGGAAUUCUAUUAUGGUUCAAACAUUCAAAAGUGCAGAUGGAUGCCUUCUCAGAUGAAACCGCCCAGACCCUCCAAAAUGUCCCAUGACCUCAUCUCGAGACAUUCGAUUGGCUAAAAUGAGUUUUCCCUGACAACAUCCGGACCAAUCUUAUUUGCCGUUAUACAGCGCGAAAGUUGAAUGGGUUUGUUUUGUGAGAGACGUUUUAGCUUUUGUCUGUGCCCGUCGGUUUUCCUCUGUCUACAAUACAUUCAAUAACAAGGACAAUCGAGGAUCUGCCUUUUGUGCCCGAAGAAAAUGGCCACAGUUACAAGAAAGAACACCAACUUAAAAACGGGCAACAAAGAGAAUGCCAAACCAACAAGUGGAUCCACUAAGUGUUUAAUUACCCGAGCUGCUCCUACUAAAACAGUGGCUGUGCAAUCUGCCCCUCUGCAUUCCAAGAGCAAUAAAAAGGACUUGGGAAAGGGAGAGGAGGCUCUAAAGAAGGUCAAGACGGAGCAGAAAGAUGUGAUGGCAACAACCACUGGUGAUACGAAGAGACGCAACACCUUCAGCCAAGCCUUCCUCACCAAACAGGCUGUCAGACAGAGAAAGCUGGUUGCAGACGCCCCAAAGCCUCCAGCUACCGUCCCUGCCAAACCUGGCACAUACAAAGGCAAGGUUGUCCAAUCUAAAAUAAGCUCCUUCAGGAAGCCUAGUGGCCUGGGGGGAGGGCUAGAAAGCAAAGCAGCUGUGAAGACCGCUGUGCCCAAAGCUAAGAGCCAAAAGCCUGGAAAUUUGACAAAGUCCAAAUCCGUUGCUGAUUUGCCUGGCCGUGGCACGUUUAAGCCCCCACAAUCAUGUCAACCCUCAAGAUCCAAGUCUGUGUCCAAUGGGCCUCCUCCAGUCUCCAAGUGUCCAGUCCCAGCUAUACGCCGUCCCACGGGCGUUCACUCUGUAGUCCCUCCUUUCAGAACUGCUCCAUUUACCACAGCUUGCCCAAGCUCCACUAGGUCUGCCAUGACAUCUAAGGGGAAAGAGCUACCGCAGGGCACCAAGCCUAAGAUGACAGUGGCAACUGACAAGAAGGUUCACAAGAUUCCAGUUGCCAGCACCCGAAGCCAGUACAGGGCUAACACAGAGACUGCUGAAGAGAGAAGGACAAAGCUGGCAGAGUGGCUGGCAUCCAAGGGAAAGACUCUGAAGAGGCCUCCCAUAUCAGCAGUGGCACCCCCAAAGUCUAAGCUAUUUGUGCAGCCAGAGCCUGAAGUGCACCCAGAAUCCACAGCUGUCUCUCAACUAAAGACCAAUGUUGCGCCUCAGCCCGUUGACCAGGAGUCACAACAACCCGUUGAUGAGCCUGAACCGACUGUUCGGCUUAAACACGACCAGGUGGUCAUUGAACAGGAGGCAGCCUGUGCCUCAACUCCACUGACAAUGAACAUAACAUUGGACCUGCUUGACAACUCUGAUACAGAUUUUCUUCCUGUUGAUCCAGAGAUUGUGGUCAACCUUCGUGAUGCAUUGGAGAAGCCCUCAGCAUGUGUGGAUGAAGACCCAAAUGAGAAAAGGGAUGAAUCUAAAGAGAAAAUGGUGGAGAGACUGACAAAUAAGGAAUUUGAAGAAAGGAAUGAGUCUCCUGUGAAUAAGGAUGUUGAAGUGAAAUGUGAAGUGGGUGAGGGAGCUUCAGAGCAGAAAGUAAGGAAGGGUUAUAUUGAUGAAGUUCAUGACGACGGCGACUGUUUGAUGGAGACGACACCAGAGGCAGAUGGUACAUCGGUGGUGAAAUACAGUGUGAAGACAACUCCAUACCUGCAAAGUGUUAAGAGAAAAAUUGACGGUGAGGCAUGUGCAAGUGGUUCCAGGCGAAAGAGCACCAUCAAGGAUCUGAAGUUUCUGACACCAGUCCGUCGUUCCUGUCGCAUCCAGCGAACGGCAUCCCGCCUGCCUGGGAUGCUAACAGACCAUGACACCUGUGUGUCCUCGCUGGCUGAGCUGGUGAAGCUGGACGACGAUGCCAAUGCCUACAUCUACAGGAGGAACCCUGCCCUUCUGGCAGACCUGCCUGACCAUCCCAAAGACCUGGAGAGGUUCUGAGUCUUUGGAUGAGUGUGAAGAAGAGGCCUGAAAAGGAAGAUAAAACAUGUGAAGUUAAUCGGCACUUUACAGAAGGGGUAUUAAAAUAAUGAAAAUAGAUUUGCUAUUUUACAUCAUGUUUGUUAAUCCAAAUUGUGAUAAUAUGGACUGUGUGGCAGACUAAUAUUACUGAUCCACUAAGACUUGGUGCCUCAAUUAGGCAUGCCUUUUUGCUCUUCUGUUUCUUAUUUCUCUUUGUGUUGUCACUUCUCUCUCAUAAGGAAGACUGGUUUGCUAUACCUUGAUCUGCUACACCUAUUCUAUUUGUUAUUGUAUAUAUUCUGUUUUUAUGACUGUAUUGUUUGUUCUUUUAUUGGCAGAGUUGAUACAUUAAUAUCUACCACAAAGUUUUACCAUAGAUUUAAUAAUGUACACUACCUUUUAUCAGCAAAUCUGUGUUGCUCAUCAAGGAAAAGUUACAUUAUUUAAAUUUUAAAAAGCUAAAUACGUGUCUGGUAGAUUUAUUGCUGUUGCAAUUUUAAAUGGGAAAUUCUGAUAAAUUGACAACUCACUGGCUGCAACUUGUCUCUUAAUAAAUAGUAAUGCUACCUAACAAGUUUUAGAGGGCCAAACAUAAGCACUGUCAGAACUCUUUAAAAAUGUCAGGUAGAUUGAGCAGGAAUAUCUUUAACCAAAUAGCAGGUGUAAGCAGAGUUUCUACACCAAAUCAAUGAGAAGUGAAAAAUGAUUCCUUAAGAUAAUUGUCAUGAUUAACGCUGUCUUAAAUAAAAUUGUAUUUGACAAAUG